AUGGUCAUUGAUAUGGCACUCCAAUCACUAAACCUUCUUCUAUCCCUCCUCUUCUUUCUGUUCAGCCCUCUUGCAACUCCUUUAACCUUCAAUUUCCCAAGCUUUUCCAAUGCCACCACCAACAUAUCCCUCGAGGGUGUUGCUGAUAUUGAUAGCAACCUCAUCAGACUCACAAAAAACCCCGAAGAAAAUGGGAACGUCGGUCGAGCCACCUAUCGUGAGCCCUUCCUCCUCCGGGAAAAUGCCACUGGAAAACUAGCUGAUUUUACCACAACUUUCGCAUUCAUAAUAGAUUCAGGCCACGCAGAUGGGAUGGUGUUCUUUGUUGCGCCAAACGGAUCCUUAUCCAACAGCGCAGUAGGAGGUGGUAGCAAGCUCGGCCUCCCUGUCGAAGACCUCCCCGGAGACAUCUCAAGGACUCAGUAUCCAUUUGUGGCAGUGGAGUUUGAUAUCUUCAAGAAUACAGCGCCAACCAUUAAGGAUCCUGACGGCGAUCAUGUUGGUAUCGACGUCAACUCUCUCAAGUCUAAAAUUACCAUGCCUUGGAAUGGUGGUAUUGAGGAAGGAAAACAAAACAGUGCUCGGAUUAGUUAUAACUCUAGCUCAAAAAAUCUUAGUGUUGCCUUCACAAGUUUCCAAAAUGGUACAAAUGGUACCCAAGUUGAGGUAAUCAAUUAUCUUUAUUACAUGGUUGAUCUGAAACAAUACUUGCCGGAUUGGGUCAUCGUUGGGUUCUCUGCUGCAACAGGUAAUGAGGUUGCUGUGCAUAAGAUUGUCUCAUGGAAUUUUACUUCAACUGCUCUGGUUGAUGAACCCAAGUCAGGAAAUGCGAAUCCCAAUAUAGGACUCCCAGUUGGUUUGGGUGUUGGUGGGUGCCUAAUCUUGGUUGCUGGGUUGGGUUUGGUUUGGCUCAUUUUUUGGAAGAAGGGGAAAGCAGCGGGGGAACAUGAUGAGAAUCCUUUCGCUAAUAGCUUUAUUCAUGAGGAACUUGAAAAGGGCACCGGCCCAAGGAAGUUUUCCUACCGCGAGUUGGCUCGAGCAACAAAAAAUUUUGAAGAGGGAGAGAAGCUUGGAGAGGGAGGAUUUGGAGGCGUGUAUAAAGGCUUCAUAAAAGACUUAAACUCACAUGUUGCUGUUAAGAGGAUAUCCGGCGGAUCUAAACAAGGAUUGAAAGAGUAUGCAUCAGAAGUGAGGAUCAUUAGUAGACUAAGGCAUCGGAAUUUGGUGCAACUCAUUGGUUGGUGCCAUGAAAAAAAAGAACUCAUGCUUGUCUAUGAGUUCAUGCCCAAUGGCAGUUUAGAUUCUCAUCUUUUCAAAGAAAAAGGCUUGUUAACUUGGCAGAUAAGAUACAGUAUUGCUCAAGGUUUGGCAUCUGGGUUAUUUUAUCUACAUGAAGAAUGGGAACAGUGUGUGCUCCACAGGGAUAUCAAGUCCAGUAACAUUAUGUUGGAUUCAAAUUUCAAUGUGAAACUUGGGGAUUUUGGGUUAGCUCGACUUGUGGACCAUGGAAAACAGUCACAAACAACAAAUGUGGCUGGAACCAGGGGUUAUAUGGCUCUGGAAUACGUUACCACAGGAAAGGCUAGCAUGAAAUCCGAUAUCUACAGCUUUGGAGUUGUUGCUUUGGAAAUUGCUUGCGGGAGGAAACCCAUCGAUCUCAGUUUAGAAAGUAGCCAAAUCGAAAUGGUGGAGUGGGUGUGGGAGCUUUAUGGAGAAGGCACGCUUAUUCAAGCAGCCGAUCCAAAACUUUGUGGACAUUUUGAUGAGAAACAAAUGGAGUGCUUGAUGAUUGUUGGGUUGUGGUGUGCUCAUCCGGAUUAUAAAUUCAGACCUUCAAUACAACAAGCGAUCCAAGUGCUUAACUUUGAGGUUCCAUUGCCCAUUCUCCCAUCCAAGAUGCCCGUGGCCACUUAUUUUGCUCCUCCAACAUCACUCUCAAUGGUGACCACCGACACUACUAGUUCUGAGGUCAAAUAGAGUCUCACAACGUGGUUAUAACAUCGAUUCCUCACAAUUUACCCCAUCUUCUACAACAAAAGUCGUCCCCAUCAACAACA